AUGGCUCCCCAGGGCCCUGCCUCCGCAUUCGAGAGCGAAACCUUUGGUCAAGAUGCAUCCUUCCGACUCGAACAGCCCGUUGGAUCCAUGUCCAUUUCCCCAAGCGGUCGAGAUGUUGCCCUGGCUUCUAAGGAAGGACUUCACAUUAUCGACCUAGAUUCGCCCUAUUCACCUCCUCGCUAUCUUCCUCACCGCACUCCUUGGGAAGUUGCUGAUGUCCAAUGGUCCCCAUUUGCCGCCCGCGAUUAUUGGAUUAUCAGCACCUCGAAUCAAAAGGCUCUCGUCUGGAACCUGGAAGCCCGUUCAUGGCAGGACUGCAUCGAAUUCGUUCUUCAUGGCCAUACCCGCGCCAUCACAGAUAUUAAUUUCUCGGCGCAUAAUCCCGAUGUUCUUGCCACUUGUGCUGUGGACAGUUUCGUGCAUUGUUGGGAUCUCAGGGCUCCGUUGAGGCCGGUCAAUUCCUUCUCGGAUUGGUUUGCUGGCGCAACACAGGUGAAGUGGAGCCGACAGGAUGAACACGUCAUUGCCAGUUCUCACGACAAGUUUCUCCACAUCUGGGACGCUAGAAAUGGAGCUUAUCCUGUCAAGACAAUUGAAGCACAUGGAACAAAGAUUUACGGAGUCGAUUGGAAUCGGUAUCAGCCCCAAAAAAUUGUCACUUGUUCUCUGGACAAGACGAUCAAGUUCUGGGAUUUUGAUAAUCCGGAGGAUCUGCCAGAGCGCAUUAUCGAAACUCCAUUCCCGGUCUGGAGAGCGCGUCAUACUCCGUUUGGAUGGGGGCUUCUGGCUAUGCCACAACGCGGGAACAGCGACUUGCACCUUUACGAUCGUCGGGCCAUGAACGGGGUCCUCGAAAGCGGACCAGUUCGUCCGGUCGCAACAUUUGCGGGACAUGAAGGCCAAGUCAAAGAAUUCCUGUGGCGUCCGCGAGGUACGAUCGUGGAUGGUGUGGACCAUCGAGAUUUUCAGCUCGUGACCUGGGGUACGGACCGAGAAUUGAGGCUGCAUGCUCUUGAUUCAGAGGUUUAUGCCGAUAUUGGCUAUGAAAAGGGAGUUUCCAAAGUUCAACGUUUGAAUUUCACGCGGAAAGGCGCCGUUUACCGGACCUUUCGAGAUGAGCCCGGAGACACUGAUUCCCUAUUAUCGGAACCGACCCCUCGAAGCGAAAACUUCCUUCGAUCCAGUCACAAUUUGCAGUUUCGUGCUCGCGUGAGCACAAACGUGGGCAUGAGUAAAGUGCCGGUGUCACAGUUUCGAGGUUGGGUACAAGGAGGUCGUCAUGCUCAUAGAUCAGGCAUGCACGGGCGAGGCAACCAUCGACAGAGUGCCGAUCCUAUAGCGUGGUUGAAGAAUGUGAAGAUAUCCUCUUGGGAUCCUGAUGCUCUAGCAGAAGAGAUUCGACAAGUCGGCGAGAAAUUCAAGAACGUGGACUUUGAGGCGGUUGACAUCUCUCGUCGCAAGGCUGUCAUGUCUUUGCAGGCGCCUUGGGGUGAAGACCAGAGUCAGGUUUACCUCAGAGUGGAAAUGCGGUUUCCGAAGUUAUACCCUCGAAAUGCCAAUGCGGUGCUUUCUUUGCACAAAUCUGGAUUUGUGGAUGACUCGACGCAUAACAUCAUCACAACGGGACUCCACACCAUUUCAGAAACGUAUGCUUCGAGGAAAAGAGGGUGCCUUGAGGCUGUCCUUCGAUAUCUCCUCCGGGAGCAGAAUCUAGAGCAGAUCGUGGCAUGGGUGCUCGGAGAAUCGUUGACUGAGUCGAAAGUAUUGGACACCGGCACUCCUAUCCCAGUGGAUGAUUCUAGUAGCGACGAUGAUGAUCAACUGGACGGCGUGCGAGACGGACUGGAUGCGUCGGCAAAUAUCUUGGUGCCACUGGCCAAAGGCUGUGGAGCAUUGUGGUCUGAAACGGGAAAACUCGUCUGCUUCUUUCCCGCGAAAGGAAAGGAACCCGUUUCGUUCCUGAGCACACUCGGUGUUAGAGAUCUCGAAGACUCAGAAUCAAGCAGGUUGUUUGAAGGAUUCGGACGUUUACAUGCUAGCUCACCGGCGCGCAAAGCGACAUCAGGGACGAAAACAGCCGACGACGACUCCGGAUCCGAGACCUCGGACUCUUCUUGGAAAUCUUCCAGUGGCUCUUCCUCCUCUUUCGAAACUGAGCAAAAUGUCCGUGGCGUCCCGUCAUACCGCGCUGGCGUCUCUGGAUUGCAACAACGUUCUAGAUCUCCCGACAGAUCAAAUCAUUCCACGACAGGAAUCAAUAAAUUGACCGAGGUUCCUCGAAAAAGUGUUGUGUCGAUUCACGAUUUCGUUGAUCUCAUCCCUUCGAAACGCGAGUUGGCAGUGGAAUAUAAGAUUUUCGGAAAUGGCCAAGAAGUCUGCAAGCAUAAUGCAAAUGUUGCUCGAAAUGCUUCUUUGAACGAUCUCGCCUCUGCGUGGACACUGUUGGGACUGGUUCUAGAUGACGCUGUUCCGUUAGAAGUCGUACCCGACCUGAGCCAGACUGCAGCGGAUGAUAUUUCAAUCAUCGCAAGGGCUGCGGCCAGGAUCCCGCGCCGUGACCAUGGUGUUACUGAUCUUAAGAGCGACAAGGCUCUGGGGAGAACACGCUGGGGGAAUCAUCCUUUGGGAUCGACCUAUCUUCUCCCCGCGAUCUUCGACCAUUUUGAGAGGCUUGGAGACGUACAAAUGCUUGCUAUGAUGUCUUGUGUCUUUGCUUCCGUUCUCAAUGUUAGACUAGGAGAUUUCGUCGCCGAGUCACUCACAUCUCCCUCAAACGAUGGUUCACUCAUUCGAUCCGAUUACUUUCCGUCAAAGGCUGUGGCGAAAUCAUUCCUGCAGAGCGAAGUCGCCCCGGAAGGAUAUGUGCUCAUCGAUUCGAUCAACGUCCAUCCAAACCCGACCAUGCACACCUCAGCAAGCGGUCCGACUCUUCACAGUCAACGAAGAACAUUCAAUAGCCUAAGUCGUCAAGGAAGCCAACUAUCAUCUCGUGCAGCUGGCUUCGUGGCUGAUGAUUCAAUGGACCAAGCCUCACCCUAUUCGACCACCAUACCGGUUUCGACGUCUCCUGAGGGAAACCAACCCAGCCACAGAACGACCUCUAGCAUCGUAUACUCCUCAGCCCGUGCAAGUCUGUCUGCCCUAACGCAAUCAUACUCCAACUCGCCACCAAAUCAGAGCUCAGCGUCUGGUUUCGCAUCCAGUUUCAAAAAAUACAGUCCUUCCGGCUCUUUAGCUCCUGGCUGGGUUUCUUCUGGAAUCUUUGGUGGGACACAAAGCGGCGGCAGCAACCAGUCAUCACGGAUGUCCUUCCACAGCACUAGUGAAGCAGCCAGUCAAGACAGCCACGAUAUAUGCAUGCGCACAUCCUUUCCAUCCUCCGCUCUUCGCACUUCCCACAAGGACAGAAUUGCCGCACAGUCAGGAACGAGCCGGCGAACCGUCAAGCCCGUCACAGCUUCUGACGUGUCGGAACACACUCAGCAAGAAAAGAAACCUGGCAAAAAGCGCAAAGGGUUCAAAACUCACCUCUUCAAUCAAGACAAGUUCGACCUCGACGGAUACUCGUCGUCGCCACUAUUGGACCCUGUCCUCGACAGUAAAUGUCGAAUCUACCGAGCAUGCUACGCGAGUAUACUUGACGUGUGGCAAUUAUACAUGCAACGGGCCGAAAUCCUCAAAUUCGACGGUCUAGUUGCAGAAACUAAUAUUGGAUCUAGCCAUCCCCUAGCGUCUGUUCCCGGCCCACCACAACCUCAUCUCCCCGGCCGACCUAGGAGAAAAACCCUAAUCUCUGCAUCUCGCGGCACAAGCCCAAGCCUUCACAUUCGUCGCUGCUGUCGUGCGUGCGGCGAGCCACUCGAGCCCAUCGAGAAGAACAACAUCCCUAUCGGCUGGCACUGCGUGAAUAUCGAAUGUACGGCUUCAACCUCCUUCUCGUCAGGGUCAUCGGCAUUCAAGGUCCCCAAACGAAGCGUCUGCGCCAUUUGCAAUACCUCGGUCCAAGGCUUAGCUGUCCCAUGCUUGUCGUGUGGGCAUUUGUCCUGCUACGAGUGCGCGAGGGGAUGGUUUGGAAAGAAGAGUGGAAAGAAAUUAGAGUCCCGAAGACUUUCGGACGAAACUGUGCAGCCUUCGUCGCCUACAGAUUACGGGGAGAAUGAUUCGAAAAUCGAUGUCGAUGUCGAACUUUGUCCUGACACCGGCAUGACGAAUGAACACAAUACCUGCCCUACAGGCUGCGGCUGUCCCUGUGCAUUACUGUCCUCGAUUCCAGUACCAUAUCCUCCUUCCCUACUCGAUGAACUGGAGCCAGAAGGAAACCCUCUCCCAACGAACACGCCUGCGGUCUUGCAACGCAACUACGCCCACAUCCUUGGCCUCACCAGUGCCAGUAACAUUGACAGCGGUAGUGACACCGGCAUACACCGCUCAGCAAGUUUUCUCGCACCCUCCAGCUCUGACACCGCUUCCCUUGCUGGUAUUGUUGGAGGUACGGGUACAGAUAAAGCUCUCUCCGCCUUCCUGGCCCUGACGCAGGCGCAUCAGCGCUCGAAAUCCGUCACUACGACCGCUACCACGAACGCCACUACAUCAUCCAACCCCAACCCUACAGCACAGGGGAGGCCGUCCGUACCCACCACCGCUGACGUACACAACGCCAACGGUGCGGGGAUUGCCGUUGAUGAGGAUACUACCACCGAUGUCCCUCCCACUAGCUCGGGUACAGGUCCAGAAGACGAAAUGCCAAAUCCCUGGACAAAUAUCAAAUUGCCCCCCACGACACUAGGUCGAGGUAUCGGCGGCGGAUUGAGUCGGGGACUAAGUUCUAAGGCAAGUAACGCGACAAUAAGGAGGGUUAAAUGA